GUACUACAGUAGUACUGCACCUAACGCGGAGCGUGUCGGAUAUGGACGUGUACGUGCCACCAACUUCCCUCAAGGCGCUCCUAGAAACCCCAAAAGGACAUCUGGACCAUUACCCGGAUGAGGCCUUCCUUCUUCACGUGUUUUGGGAAGCUCCAAGCCGUGCUGCCGCCGAGACUUUACUGUCUGGGCUCCGCGGAUGCAGUGUGGCGACGCACCGCGACACGCCUUGUGUCCCAACGUACUUCUUCAGGAUCACGAAAUCCAACCCACUGAGUCCGUCCGCCGCUACUGUGGGUGCGUAUCCCCUGCUGCACGACGCAUUGAAGAAGCUUCAGGUGGGAAUUCCAAAACCAGUCGUCCGCGCCGACCUCACGCGACGCGGCAUGAACCCCGACUGGGUCGAUCUAAACCUGUCCGAUCCGCUGCCGUUGGAGCUCCGCACCGAGCGCUUUGUCGUUGAAUUCACUGAAAUUUACCUCGAUGAACGAUCGUUCAUGCUGCACUGCGGGUCGAAGGACUACCUUGAUGCGUACGGCAUCGUGACCAAGCCUGGUCUGUCCCUCCGUCCACCGGUGACCACCCGCAUCGGCUCGCCAUCCUCCAGCAUCGUGGAAAAGAUCCUCGAGCCCAUUUUGCACGAGCGUGUGGUUGCAGUCGGCUCCAAUGUCGUCUGGCAGCGUCCCCCUGCCUCCCCUUCAACUGCUCGUGACGCUGUCAUGCUCGCACUCGAUUGUACUCGUCACGCAGAUGAACUACCUCCGCAAAUGCGCGAUGCAUGCACCACAGCUGUGUCAUUUUCACACGUUCUCAAGGACGGAAUCACCCGUUGGCUGCUUGUACUGCCACAGCUGCCAUCGACCGAAUUCCUUGCCCAGCUGCAAGAGGCGGUUGGUCCCGUUAUCGCAGGAGAAGCUCACACGAGUGAGGGGGACAGCGCCGACGCCUUGCGGACGACGCUUGCAAGCGCUGGACUACUCCCCGUCAUCACAAUGAAUGGGGAUGCAAGUGUGGGGUAUGUCCUGCAUGAAUACGCCAGGGACUUGCAUGUCAGGAUCGGUGACCACGAUAAGUCGUAAUUGAAAACAGUUUUCCAGC